AUGGCGCCCCUCGACGAUAUCCAGGUCGGGGACCUGGUGAACGUCCCUGGGGGCAUGCAUGGCACAAUCAAAUAUCUAGGAGGCGUGGCCGGGAAGCCAGGAAAAUUCGCUGGGAUUGAACUGGCGGCCGAGCAUGCCAGGAGGGGGAAGAACAGUGGUGAUGUCGAAGGCAAGCGAUACUUUACAACCUCCACACCCGGCUCCGGCAUAUUCGUGCCCAUGAACAACAACAAGUAUGUCACCAAACUGUCGUCCGCUCCCUCCUCCGUCACCGCGAACCCACCAACGCCUGCUCGACCUGUCAACUUCAGCAAAUCCGUUGGUCCCAGCCCGUCCGUGCGACCCCCGCGGAUGAGACGUCCCUCGCUGCCUCGACCGGAAUCCCCUCAACGAGCCCCCCCGCCCUCCAAGCUCGCUCUGGCGGGACUCCGCACUCCAUCGGCGGCAUCCAGAGCGGGCCCGAAUGGCUACCCCCGUAGCCCCGUCAAACCCCCAUCCCGCGCCUCCGAUCGGCCACCCUCUCGGGUGAGUGUCGAGGAAGAAGUGUCGUCGACGAGGACCUCGGAUGUCCACCGGAAUGCGAUGGUGACGGAGGUGCAGGAGUUGCGGGAUCAAAUCAAGACUCUCGAGAAUCAAUUGUUGGACCGCGAUAGGCAACUGGAUGAGCAGGCCAAUACCCUGGCCGACUUUCAACACACGUUGGAAGAGCUGGAGGGCUCGGAUGCCUUAUCGAUCCGUGCCCAGUUGCGCGAGAAGAACGAGCGGAUUGCCCAGCUGACGACGGAGUUUGACCUGCAUCGGGCUGAUUUCAGAAGCACUUUGGACACGCUGGAAGUGGCUGCGGCGGAAACCGAACGCGUCUACGAACAACGCCUGGACGAUCUCAUGCAGCAGAACAAAGAACUCCAGGACCGGGGAGAGGACGUGGAGGCGGUUGCAAGGCAGCUCAAGCAACUGGAGGAAUUGGUCUCGGAACUGGAAGAGGGCCUGGAAGAUGCCCGGCGUGGAGAAGCGGAAGCCCGUGCGGAGGUCGAGUUCUUAAGGGGCGAGGUCGAGAGGACGAAACUAGAGCUGAAGAAGGAGCGAGAUAGCUCCGCGGCUGUGCUUCAGGAGACCCAGGCGGCUGCGGACGGUCAGCAACACUCCAGGGAACUGGACCAGAAAGACGACGAAAUCCGCGGCCUGAAAGCGAUCAUCCAUUCCUUGAGUCGGGGCGACCCCAACCUGCCGGCGCUCCAGCAGAAUGGAUAUGCAGCAUACUCCGGCCCCGAACACGAUCCAGACCACGUCUCGGAUCUGGAACAACGCGUCCAGGAAUUCGAACGCAUUACGGAGCGGAAGACGUACCGGAUCGAAGAGCUCGAGCGCGAAAUCCAGCAGUUGCAGUUGAAUGGAGGCACUCGAACACGCAGCUCAACGGUCACUGCUGCCACUUCCCAGCACAGGCCGUCGAACUCAACAGGAAAAAUCGGGGCUAGUUUAAUCAACCAUGCCCACCGGCUGUCGGAUCGCACGGUGGUGCCCAGCGACUGGCACGAUCCACCACAUGAGGAACCCCAGUACCAGGCCUACCACCCUGGGCAUCUCCGUCGGCCGUCGGAGACAUCCCGGCAUCGCCUAGAAACCAUGCACGAGUCCGAUGGUCGGUCUGACGACGGUGCUUCGUUGUGGUGCGAGAUUUGCGAGAUGGGCGGUCAUGACAUCUUGACCUGCACAAACAUGUUCGGCGCAGAGAGCAAGAACAAAGCUCCCAAAUCGACGCCUGCAGCCCCUAAGGAGGGUUUGGUAGACGAGAAACCUACUCCUGGAACGUCUGCCGAGCUCGAGUCCGCCCCGUCCAGCAUUGGAGAGAGCACAACGCCUCAGAAGACUGGACGGGAUGUGGUCAUGGAGGGAUUGAAAGGAAUUGGGUUAACUUCCUCCAUGGACCCCGUUGCUGGGAAAGCCAGUGGCGUGGUCGAUGAGACAAAGUGGUGCGCCCUCUGCGAGAGAGAUGGCCACGAGAGCAUCGACUGUCCGUUUGAUGAUUGA